GAUCGGUUUUUGUAAGGAAAGCACAAUCGCUUCUUGCUCUUAGGCGCUUAAAAAUGAACGACGUUUCAACUAACGGCAGUUAUCAGAAAGAUCCAUAUUGUUUAAGUGUAGAAGAAAUCGCCAGAGAUUUUAUCGAGAAUCUCUUGGAAUCGGCGGUAGAGGAAAUUAGAAGACAGGGUGUCAACGUAGACUUUCGGAAGCACAUUGUGACACCGAAAUGCUUAGUGCAGUGGCCGUCAGUCAGCGACUUCACUCCCGAUCUCGGCCUGCAGAAAGUCGACGAAUAUAUUCGGAGCUGGCCGAAGAACGCUGAGAUGAUGUACUGCAUCGACUACACGGGCUGCAGGAGAAACUCGCGAAGCGAUUUUCACUUUUAUGAGGUGAAGUGGAGUGUACCUAAUAUGAUGUAUCCUGUACCACCAGCAGUGGCGAGUGUUUUCUUCACAAUGGAACUUUCCAGAAUCAAGCCUCCAGACUGCCCAGUGACAGUUACGUAUGUGUUUGAAGGAUCAAAAUUGAAGCAUUCUCCAGAUUACUGACUGUGCCUGUUGCUUGUGUUACUCAACUGCUGUGGAUGAUGAGAGCCAAUAUCACCACCUCUCACACCCAGGUACAACCACAGCACCAUCCAGUCAUUCUCAAGCCAUCUGGCAAACUUAGCCAGUCUGGUCCUUGUUACCUCUAGCUAUAAGCCAUGCAACAGCUCACUCUCCACUACAAGUGGGCUUUGUGGAAGAGAAGAAGUGUGCAGAUUGCUUAUCCUGUCUCAUUGCUAUUUAAAAACUUUG